CUUAUAAAAGCAGCGAUGAGGUACCUUAUGGCGGUAGUUGUACACGUCGCGAGCUCAGUCGCCAUGGCCAUGCCUUACUCCCGGCUCCUUCCUCUCCUCCUUUUCCUCCUCCACCUCUCCGUCGCCUCCCACGCUGCAGAUUUACGCCUCUUUCACUCCGCCGACCGCCACUCCCCUUCGCCGCUCGAUUCCGCGCUCGCUCUCGCCCGCGCCGCCGACGCCUCCCGCCUCGCCUUCCUCUCCUCCAAGCGAACCUCCGUCCCCAUCGCCUCCGGUCAACAAGCCCUCCAGUCCUCCGCCUACGUCCUCCGGGCCAAGCUCGGCUCCCCUCCGCAGCAGCUCCUCCUCGCCGUCGACACUGGCGCGGACGUCGCCUGGGCCCCCUGCUCCCCCUGCGCCUCCUGCCCGGCCGCCGCUUCUCAGUUCCUCCCCGCCAACUCCUCCACCUACACUCCGCUCUCCUGCUCCUCCUCCUGGUGCCCCCAAUUCAAAGGCCAGUCUUGUGCCGACGCCGCACCCUCCGGACCCUGCGCCUUCACUCAGUCCUACGGCGGCGACUCCUCAUUUUCCGCCCUCCUCGUCCAGGACUCGCUCUCCCUCGACUCCGACGUCCUCCCCAAUUUCCUCUUCGGAUGCGUCAACUCCGUCGACGGCGCCGCUGCCAAUCUCCCAAAGCAGGGACUUUUAGGGUUAGGUCGCGGCACCAUGUCGCUCCUUUCCCAAUCCGGUAACCUUUACCAGGGCGUGUUCUCCUACUGUUUGCCCAGCUUCAAGUCCUACUACUUCUCCGGUUCACUCCGGCUCGGCCCAGUGGGCCAGCCUAAAAACGCCCGGUUCACUCCCCUUCUCAAGAACCCGCACCGGCCGUCCUUGUACUACGUCAACCUGGUCGGGGUCAAGGUGGGCCGCGUCCUGGUGGCCGUGCAGCCCGACUCAUUCGCCUUCGACCCGGCCACCGGCGCCGGAACCGUGGUCGACUCGGGCACGGUAAUCACGCGGUUCGUGGCGACGGCGUACGCGGCGAUCCGCGACGAGUUCCGGCGGCAGGCGAACGCGUCCAGCGGGUACACCUCGCUGGGGGCGUUCGACACCUGCUUCAGCACCGACGAGGUGGCCGUGGCCCCGUCCGUGACGCUGCGGCUGGAGGGGCUCGACCUGACGCUGCCGGUGGAGAAUACGCUGAUCCACAGCAGCGCGACGCCGCUGGCGUGCCUGGCGAUGGCGUCGGCGCCGGCGAACGUGAACUCCGUGGUGAACGUGAUCGCCAGUUUGCAGCAGCAGAACCUGAGGGUGGUGGUGGACACCGCCAACGACCGCCUGGGGUUCGCACGGGAGCUCUGCAACUAACUUCGAUGGAUAUGCUUAAUUUGGUCGUUACGUGUUUCGGUGGUGGUUCACGGGUUACGUGUCAGCUUUUGUCUGGUUAAUUGUUGUGCCACGGGUUGUUCGCCAUCCUGUCUGCUGUUUCUACAGUGUUUCGUGUUUCUGAUGCACCACGAAAUUAGGCGGCUGUAUUUUUAUAUAUGAACAAACUAAGAACCAGAUUGGCAACA